UCUGUGACAAUAAGCUUGUAAUUGAAAUCUAGCGUUAGCACUCCUGCUACAACCAGGCGGUCGAUGUGUUGUUGCUACGGUUGCUAGUGGCAUUUCCCCUCCCCACACACACACUGUUCAGUGGUGGUAUGCGAUUUUAAAUGGUCAAAUGUACAGAGGCACAUCAAGAUAGAGAGCCAAGGAUGUCUCAUUACACAGACGAGCCUCGCUUCACCAUCGAGCAGAUCGACCUGCUCCAGAGGCUGCGGCGUACGGGCAUGACCAAGCAGGAGAUCCUCCACGCCCUGGACACCCUAGAUCGACUGGACCGUGAGCACGGGGCCAAGUUUGGACAUCGCACCUCCUACGGGGGAGGAGCAAGCAGCUCUGUGUCAGACCCUAAUUGCACCACCUCCAACAACACUGCAGCCACCACCUCCUCGUCCAGUAUUACUGUUGAUGAUGAUGAUAAUAAUAAUAAUAAUAAUUCCACCAGUGGGAGCAGUGAGGUUAACAACACCACCCUGGCCUCUUCCUGCACCAACUCUACCGUCGCACAGACACAGUACCUCUCACCGCGCGGGGGGCUGUCCCCGUCGCCUAGCAACAGCUACGACACCUCCCCACUGCCCUCUGCUGUCCGCCACUCCCCCGUGUCACUGGUCACCAUGGCGCAGAACGGUGGGCGGGACAGCCUGGCGGCGACGCCCAAUGGGAAGCUCUCGCCGCCGCGGUACCCGGUGAACAGUGCAGCGGCCGCCAGGGCGUUCGGGUUCGAGGCAACUGAGGAGGAGCUGGAAAUCGAUGACAAGGUGGAGGAGCUCAUGAGGAGAGACGGCAGCAUUGUGAAGGAGGAGAUCAAGUCGUUCCUGGGGAACAGGAGAAUCUCUCAGGCUGUGGUGGCCCAGGUCACAGGAAUCAGUCAGAGCAGGAUCUCUCAUUGGUUGCUUCAACACGGCUCUGACCUCAGUGAACAGAAGAAGAGAGCUUUCUACCACUGGUACCAGCUAGAAAAGACCUCCCCAGGUGCCACUCUAAACAUGCGCCCCGCCCCCAUGGCUAUGGAGGAAAUGGAGUGGAGACAGACCACACCCCAUAUAAGUACCGCCCCAGGAAUCUUCCGGCUACGCAGAGGAAGUCGUUUUACCUGGAGGAAAGAAUGUCUGGCUGUGAUGGAGAGCUACUUCAAUGACAACCAGUACCCUGACGAAGCUAAGAGAGAGGAGAUCUCUAACGCCUGCAACGCUGUCAUCCAGAAACCAGGGAAGAAGCUAUCGGACCUGGAGAGAGUCAGCUCUCUUAAAGUCUACAACUGGUUUGCCAACCGACGCAAGGAGAUCAAGAGACGAGCUAAUAUUGAAGCCACGAUCCUGGAGAGCCAUUGGAUAGACGUCCAGAGUCCUGGAGGACAUUCCAACAGCGACGACAUCGAUGGAGGGGACUACACAGAACAGGCCUGUGACCUGCCCUACUUCGACAAGAGACCCAUGGCCAGGCCCUUUGGCUUCUACAGGCUGGAGCCCACUUCACCCACACAGGACGAUGGUACUGACCACCAGGACCCCAUCUCUCUGGCUGUGGAGAUGGCUGCAGUCAACCAUACCAUCCUGGCUCUGUCCCGGACCGGAGGGGUGCCUAGCAACAUCAAGACAGAGGUCCCGGACGAUGACUGAAGAGGGGGUUACUACUGGACAGUGACUGGGAGGAAGGAGUGGAGAGAGAAGGGUAAAAGCCAAGAGAGGAUAGUGUGUGUGUGUGUGUGUGUGUGUGAGAGAGUGUUUGUGGUUCAAGAAAUGUGAAGAUGACCAAAUGAAGCUAUCAAACUCCAGCUACCCUCCUUCCUCUUGUUCUCAGCCCCUCCACGGUCCCAGUGAACUGUACCCUCCCUCCCCUUGUUCUCAGCUCCUCCACGGUCCCGGUGAACUGUACCCUCCUUCCCCUUGUUCUCAGCCCCUCCACGGUCCCAGUGAACUGUACCCUCCUUCCCCUUGUUCUCAGCUCCUCCACGAUCCCAGUGAACUGUACCCUCCUUCCCCUUGUUCUCAGCCCCUCCACGGUCCCGGUGAACUGUACCCUGUCUUGUCCUCAUCGGAGUGAGAAAGUUGAGUGGAGGAUAAUAAAUGGCUGUUUUUCUCUGGACCUCCACCCCGAUAUGGUGCCACUGGCCCUGGGGACCUGGUCAAACAGUCUUCCCACUCCACCUCUCUGAGCCCAGACCCACAUACCUCAAUCCUACUGUACUGUAUAUAUGGUAUCUGUUCUCAUCAGAGACAUAGAAUAGAAGUCUGUUCUAGAAUAGAAGUGACACCAUUUCUAUGGUUGUCAUACUGUCUCAUCGUGUGCUGCCCUGAACCCAUUUCCUUGUGCAAUGCAUUGGUAGUGCAUCAGUGGCCUCUUACUAACACUGCUGGAAGAGGGGGAGGGAUGUAGUCUAUCACCCUGCCAAAGAACAGUCAGUUGACUACUCAUCUGUGGAUUGGACUGUUCUGAUUGGACUAGACUGUUCCCGACUGUUCAAUGUAUCCUGCAGUCUACAGCUUUCAUUCCUACUGG